GACGCUCUACGUAAACAAACCAGCAACCAGGAAGUAGCCAACAGAAACACUCACGUUUGGAAAACGAGUAACUGUUGGAAGGUGAAUGUUUCGUUUGUGGCAGGGCAGGAACACUCAGGUGGUGAAGCUUGUGGCUCGAACCAGAAACAUGUCUUCAGAGUCCGAAGUUAAAAACUGCAUCAACAGGUCGAUUCACUCGGACAGUGUCGAGGAGGUUCAUAGCGUUCCGAUGGACGUCAUCAUCAGACCGAUUCCUUCUGUGCUGGAUGAGCUGAAAGUUCAGAGUCUGAUGAAUACAAUAAAGGAGACAGCAGACGUCAGCAUUGUUCCUCCCAUUGAUGUGCUCUGGAUCAAAGGCAGAGAGGGAGGAAAUUACUUCUACUCUUUCGGAGGCUGUCACAGGUUUGCUGCCUAUCAAAGGUUAAACAUGUCAACUAUCCCAGCAAAGCUCAUCAAGUCAAACGUCUCAGACCUCAGCACCUACCUGGGGUCUUCAACCCCUGAUCUGCGGUGACAUCAGAGUAAAUCACAUUUUUUUGGAGAGGCUUUGUCCAGAUGACUCGCACACGGACUCUGAUUUCACAGCUGCUGACUGCAGAGUGAAGGAUUUACCAGCAGGGGGAAAUGUAACUCUUUGGCUAAACAAACAUGAUUUCACUUUCUUUUAAAAACUAUAAAGUGUAAUUUAAAGCGUGUUAGUUUCUACUGUUUUUGUCUUCAUUCAUAUCUGUUAUAUGUCUCUUUCAUGAGAUUAUAUCUCUGCAGUUAUUUCUUCAAACAUUUAAACAAAAGGGGAUUCAGAGUCAAAAAGACAUUUACACUUAUCACUGUAGGAAACAAAUAGAGGAUAGUAAUAUCAAUGCCUCUUUAGUUUACAAGUGAAACAGUUAGUCAUGACAGCUUGAGAACAGCAAAAAGUAAGGUGACUCACUGUCCGUACAUGCUCAGUCCCAUUGUUACCUCACCACAUACACUUCUAAAUGGAUUACUUGUUCUUCGUUACACAUUUGUUGCAGCCUUUUAAAGUAGAUAUGGAAUUAUUUAAGACAUGUGCAGCACUGACUUCAUGUAAAUCAUACCUGCAGUCACGUAAUCAUCCCUGGCAUCACGGUCUGACUCGUAACUCCAGGUUGUAACUAACAGGAAAAUUACACAACAAGAAUACGCACCAUUUUGAGUAAAGUGUUAACAUUUAAACAAAUCAAAAUAGCUGUGUGAAACAUUUAUUUAAUUGUUAAAGUGAACUAAAUAAAUGUCUGCUAUUAGUCCAAAACAUGUUCACCAUAUAGUGGGCCCCAUAAUCUAUCUGCAUAAAGAAUUAAGUAGCAUUCACAUCAUUUAGAUGACUUUUUUAACAACCAUCUAAUGGUGGAUUUAAUUUUAAAUGUUGAACAGGUUGUGUUUGCGCCUUUUGUAGCAAGUGAGAUUGUUGCUUAAUUCAGAUUAAAAAAAUCCAUACAGAUAAAGCCAGACUACCGCCAGAUGUGGUACAGACAUCAGAUUGUUCUGAUCAAAUUCACUCCUUGCACUAACAUGUUUUUUCCUUUCCGUAUCACACUUUGAUAUCUGGUAUAAAUGGGAUCGGAGUAACUUCAGACAGUCCAAGACCCUCAAAGGGAAACAACUACUUUUGUUAUACCUGUGCUUUUGCAACAUAUAUUUGUGAUACUGCAAAAUGUAAUCUCUGGAAAGCAGAGCACACUGGAGCAUCCUUUUUAAUACAACUAGAUGUCUUCUAAUUGCGCCUUUUCAGUUCCUAAGUGUAUUAAAACAUUUGAAUAAAA